GUUGUGCUGGGAGCUGCCUGGGAGCUCAGCCUGGCACUCGGAUUUUUAAGCAAAUAACCAAGCUGGGAGCAGUGGGAGAACUGGCUGAACUACUGACAUAUGAUGAGCAUCUUGCCAUGUUCCUGGUGCAGUACACAGGCUUAAACCAGCUGGCCUUUGACCCUGCCAGCAGCACUGAGUCCCUGCAGCUGGGCAGUGCCACUGGCCCCCGGGUGUCGGAGAGCCCGGCUGAGGAUGGAAGUGACCCGGGAAAGAGGAAGAGAGCAAUUCCUCCAGCAGAUGGUGGCAGAAAUCUGAGCCUGGACUCCAUUCCGAUGGGAUUGCCAAUGUCCGACCCGACCGCCUGGGCCACCGCCAUGAACAACCUGGGGAUGGCUCCCAUGGGCAUGACAGGACAGCCCCUCCUGCCUGACUUUGAUCCUGCUCUUGGGAUGAUGACUGGAAUCCCUCCGAUCAACCCCAUGAUGCCGGGCUUAGGGAUCGUCCCACCUCCCAUCCCUCCAGACAUGCCUGCUGUGAAGGAGAUCAUUCACUGCAAGAGCUGCACUCUCUUCCCUCCUAACCCACAUCUUCCCCCUCCAGCCACAAGGGAGAGGCCCCCGGGGUGCAAGACGGUGUUUGUCGGAGGGCUGCCGGAAAACGGGACGGAGCAGAUCAUCAUGGAGGUGUUUGAGCAGUGUGGGGAGGUCAUCGCUAUCCGCAAGAGCAAGAAGAACUUCUGCCACAUCCGCUUCGCUGAGGAGUUCAUGGUGGACAAGGCACUUUACCUGUCUGGCUACCGCAUCCGGCUGGGCUCCAGCACGGACAAGAAGGACACGGGGCGCCUGCACGUGGAUUUUGCCCAGGCCAGGGAUGACCUGUACGAGUGGGAGUGCAAGCAGCGGAUGCUGGCGCGGGAGGAGCGGCACCGGCGGCGGCUGGCGGAGGAGCGCUUCCGCCCGCCCUCGCCGCCGCCCGUUGUCCACUACUCCGACCACGAGUGCAGUGUGGUGGCCGAGAAGCUGAAAGAUGACACAAAGUUCUCAGAAGCCAUCCAGACCUUGCUGACCUGGAUAGAGCGUGGGGAAGUGAACAGAAGAACUGCCAACAACUUCUACUCCAUGAUCCAGUCGGCCAACAGCCACAUCCGCCGGCUCGUCAACGAGAAGGCGGCUCACGAGAAGGAGAUGGAAGAAGCUAAAGAGAAGUUCAAACUGGCUCUCUCAGGGAUCCUGGUGCAGUUCGAGCAGAUAGUGGCCGUGUACCAUUCUGCCUCCAAACAAAAGGCUUGGGACCAUUUCACGAAAGCUCAGCGUAAGAACAUCAGCGUGUGGUGCAAACAAGCAGAGGAAAUCCGUAACAUCCAUAACGAUGAGCUGAUGGGCAUCCGGAGAGAGGAGGAGAUGGAAAUGUCUGAUGAAGAAAUAGAAGAUCCAUCAGAGAUGAAAGAAACGGAAGAAUCAGCGCUGGUGUCGCAGGUGGAGGCGCUGAAGGAGGAGAACGACAGCCUGCGCUGGCAGCUGGACGCCUAUCGCAACGAGGUGGAGCUGCUCAAGCAGGAGCAGGGCAAAGCCUCCCGGGAUGAGGACACCACCAAGGAGCAGCAGAUGAAGCUCCUCCAGCAGGCCCUGCAGGGCAUGCAGAAGCAUCUUUUGAAAGUCCAGGAGGAAUACAAAAAGAGAGAAGCAGAGUUAGAAAAAGUGAAAGAAGACAAAUUAAAAGUGGAAACGUUACUAGAAAACCUGAAGGAGCAGCAGAGCAUGGCAGAUGAAGAGGACAAGGAGGGAGAUACAGCUGAUUGUCAAGGGAAUGAGAGCAGCACAUCCAGAGUUUGUGCCUGCAGCCAGGAGAAGGAAUGUCCAGUGGAGAAGACAUUGAGCAACAGUCCUGUGAAAUCUGAACGAGAAGUUCUCCUAGUUGGAAUAAUUUCCACGUUUCUCCACGUGCAUCCCUUUGGAGCCAGCAUUGAGUACAUCUGCUCCUACCUGCAGCGCCUGGACAGCAAGAUCUGCACGGCGGAAGUGGAAGUUCUCAUGACGCGACUCCAGAACACGUUCCGGCAGGAGCUGAGCGGGGUUGGGGCCAGCUUGGAGAAGAGGUGGAAGUUUUGUGGCUUUGAUGGGUUGAAAAUGACUUGAGCUUUUGACUUAAUGCUGAAAACAGCAGGAUAUGGACACCGAGAAAACCCGGGAUGCUGUUCCCCCUGUUCCCGAUGAUUCCCUCGCACGCUCCAUGGCCCCGGGGUACAAUGUGUAAGUGAAACAAAGUCUGGAGCCACCACUGGAAGAACCCUCAAGUUCUGCAGCUCCUUUGAUCAGUUAUUUGUUAAUGGGCAAGUGCUGUUCAAUAUAUUUGGGGAAAAAAGCUCCUGCCUGACCCUUUGAAGCCCAGCGUGUCAACUCUGUUCUGCCAAUGUUGUAUGUGUUUGUGUGCCCAAAUUCUUCCCCCUCAAGCUUCCUACCAGCAGGAACUGUCAUAGACUACCAGCCAUAGACUGUCCUGAAGCAACAACAAAGAGGCAUUUUCUGGUUUCUAGAUCACCAAAA